CCUGACGAGGAAACUGAUCACGUAAGGCCGGUGUUGUUUGGUGUGGCAGAUGUUGCUGGUUAGUUUCGGAGCUUGCUGAGCGAUGCGAACUAUGCUAUAGUCACGGGUUUCUUGAUGUAGGCGUUCGUCUUCCUGCUUUUCUUUGUACUUUUUCUUGCUGAGGUUUCACUUUUCGUUGGGACCGUGUCUCUCCUGGUAUCUGUUCCGGGAGGCGCGAGACUGAGUUGUGCUAUGAUGGAGGACUUUGAUGAGAUCUACGAAGAGGAGGAGGAGGAAGAAGAGGACGAGGACAGGGCCGCGGAGGAACAGCUCCUCAAAUACGCACCGGACCCGGUGGUGGUGCGAGGGUCCGGUCAUGUCACUGUGUUUGGUCUUAGUAACAAGUUUGAGUCAGAAUUCCCUUCAGCUCUUACGGGAAAGGUCGCACCAGAGGAGUUCAAAGCCAGUAUAAAUCGUGUAAACAGCUGUCUGAGGAAGACUCUGCCAGUGAAUGUGCGGUGGCUCCUUUGUGGCUGCCUGUGCUGCUGUUGCACAUUGGGCUUCAGUUUGUGGCCUGUCAUCUGCCUCAGCAAAAGGACAAGAAGAUCUAUAGAGAAACUUUUGGAGUGGGAGAACAGCAGACUUUACCAUAAGUUGUGUUUGCACUGGAAGCUAAGUAGGAGGAAGUGUGAAACCAACAACAUGAUGGAAUAUGUAAUCCUAAUAGAGUUCCUACCUAAGAUCCCCAUCUUCAGACCGGACUAGCCUGACUGCAGACAAUAUUAAACUUUCACUGCUGCCUGGCCUGUCUCAGAGUGGCUGUAAAGCUCCUGAAUAACUACCCUUCCUGAAAUACUCCAGUAUUUGUGUUUACAUUGGUCCUCCCUUUUUUCUCUUUUCCCCUUUUCCCCACAUGUACUUUACCUGCAGCCUUGUUUACAAAUCCAGCAGACACACACUUGUUUUUGGAGUGAACCCACUGAGUCUUGGCCUGAAUGAUGAUCAGGCAAACUGGCAUACUGUCAUCCAAUGCUAACUGGCACCAGCUAAAGGGAUGUCGAGGGAGAAGCAGCCAUGGACAGUGUUUGUUAUUUUGAAACUGGAGCUGGAGAUUGGACUCUAAGAACUGUAAAACUGAAACUGGAAUUUUGACAUUGUUUCUUAAACAAAGCAUAUUGCACAGUGAGACCAUGAUGAAACAGUUUUGUAUGACACACCACCAACUUCAUCUGCAAAAGCUUUUGUAAGACUUGGUUUGGUACUCCUGAUCUGUACUAGAGAUGUGGAGGUAACAACACGGAACUCCAAAGGAGCCUUCAAUGCUGGUCUUACAAAAACAUGUGCUAGAACAUCUGAACUCACCUUUCAACUACUGGACAACCUUUUGCCUCCUUUUAUGUGCAUCCUUCUAAUCCAGUGAUAAUCACUGACAGAAUGACAGAAUGGUCUUUAUUCUUCAUCAUUUGACUGGAAAUGUUUGUCUUCAGGAGUGUGUGCUUCCAGGUGAUGGGUCACCUGCCUAGCUACUGCUUCUCAUUUGCAGAACAAAACAACAACAGAAAAAGAUUUGUUUACUGUCAUGGUGAAUAAGAGAGAGACAGUACUUGCAAAACCCUGUGUGUUACACAGAAACUUAAGCAAAAAAAAAAAAAUAGACAAAAUGGGUGUGAAGGAUACUCUUUUCUCUGUUAAGCAGGGUCCUGUCUUUUAAAUAAUUUUUUGCCAUAACCAAAUCUGUUAUUUGUGUUGAAGUACAUUUUAAUUGUGCGAGUGUGCCUAUAAUACGUGCAAUCAUGAAAUGGGCCUCUUGUUUGUUUUGUUUUUUUUGCUAAGGAUUACCAUGGUGGUUCGUUUUUCUGUCCUCUGGUCAUGUGUCACACUAAAGCACACAAUUGCUCUGUCCUUGACACGUUUACAUGGCCUCUCUUAAUUAUCUGCUUGGCUUCCUUUUAUGAGUGUUUGAGUUAUGGAUGUGGUUGUACAUUGCAAAGUUAUUAGGUUUUUAGUCAUGCCAGACCUCUGUGUCAUGAAGCAGGAUUACAAUUGUUAGCUUACAGUAAAAACAAACUACCCCCACUUCAGAGAUGUGGACUUUAAGUUGCAUUAAUGAUUGCUUUUAUAUUACCAAAAAUACUAUAUGAGCAAAGAUGUGGGUUGUACGGUGAAUCCACGCUAAAGUGUGAUCACAUUGUUUGAAGUGUCUUUCAACUCUACUUUUUUUUUUAGUCAAGUUCAGUAAACUAACAGUCCUUUCAUUUUCUAUAAUCACUUAUCCCAAGGGGUCACAGGGGGACUGGAGCCUAUCCCAGGUGUCAUUGGUGAAAGGCAGGGUACACCCUGGACAGGUUGCAGGGCUACACAGUCUCUCUCACCAACACUGAGAGGGGUCACAGGGGGACUGGAGCCUAUCCCAGGUGUCAUUGGUGAAAGGCAGGGUACACCCUGGACAGGUUGCAGGGCUACACAGUCUCUCUCACCAACACUGAGAGACAGACAAACUUUUACGAACACACACGCUGGAUUUAGAAGCACCAAUCAAACUAACGACUGUCUUUUGAUGGUGGGAGGAAGCCAGAGUACCAAGAGAGAACCCACACAAACGCAGGGAGUAUAAGCAAACGCAGAAAGGCCACAGUCAGAUUUGUUCUUAUUUCUCAAUAUUUAUAGAACAAAAAAGAUGACACGUUUCAGUACAUAUUGAACGUAUCCUACUCAGCGUACCUGCACAUAAAAACACAGAUGUAGAGACUUUUGUACUUCGUUUUAGGUCACUCACCUCUGGUGAUUGUAUGUAUCGCACUCAGGGUAUUAUAAUAGAUAAACAACUAAAUGUAGCAUUGUAAAGUCUCACUAUCGGGUUUGUUCCAAAGUUACACCAGGGUGUUGAGCACAGGAUUAGGGUCACGUGUUACUUGGAUGUCAAAGGAUGCAGUUGAAGUUGAAAAAUAUCCCUGAAAAAAACUAAUCUUUCAAAUGUUUCUGUGGUCGUCCUGCUCAGGCAGGGUGGGAAGUACGGAGCCCGUAAAUGGACAUGGAGAAAAAAAAAUAAAAAGACCUAUCUCAUGCUCACGAGAAACUAUUUCAUGCUCGAGCAAAUCAAACAAAAGCCCUUCCAUCACAGAGAUGCUGAUUUGCACUGGAUUAGUUUAUCAAAUUUUUGAUCAUAUUCAUGUUUAAUCAUGCAGAAAUGACGAGAUAGUAACUCAUGUUCAUGAGAUAGUAGAGAUAGUGCACCCACAAAGAUUUCUUUGAUAAUUGCUAGUUUACCUAAUGGUUCAUUUGUUAGUUUUCUAUAUUUUUGAUUGUGGUAUGUUCUCUGUAAGUCCAGGCGUGUGGUCAUGUGCAUAUGUUUGUGGUAUACUUGUCUGUAUGCAUAUGUUUAUGCAGAUGCAAAUGCUCUUCAUAUAUCUGAGUGAGACUGAGUCCUGCACUGAAAAUAAGUGCUUUUUAUAUAAUCUUGAGUGUUGAGUGUGUGUGAAGGAGAGCGCAAUCUAUGUACAUGAUUCAUGAGCAGAUUUAUGUACAGUAAUAAACUACCAAUAAACAAGA